AUGCGUUCAGAACUCGGUGGUGUUCCCGGAAAACGUUAUCUCAUCUCUUCACAGGCGGUCAGGAUUGACACCAGCGAGCCCAUCGGGGGCGUGUUUUCCCAGGCUCCCGGAUUGAAAUGCUUGCGUGGUAUGUCGAGGGACUUCAUUCAGUGUGUCGGCCGAAUCGUCAUUCCGGGCAUGCUUCUCAGUACCUCUGCUGCCAAUGGCGCCCCAGCCUGGUCUCUCGGCUCCGGCGUUGUUCAUGUCCCUCCAAAAAAUGCGGACCCUGAUAGUGCUAUCUACAUGUUGGUCCGAAAGUUGGGCAUUCUGCGCCAUACAGUGGUGGCGACAAAGGAGGCGGUGGGUACUCAAACAAACCGAGUGUGGGUGGACGCGCUGCCGCUAGUGGCGACAGUGGCGGGGGCAGCAGCGCCUUCACUGGCCAGCGCUUCACAAGCCUUUCAUGCCGCACAGUUCUGCGUUGGUGACCGCAUUCUUGGGGUGGUGAAGAAGAAGGCUGGAGAGAUUUUCUACCUUGAUAUCGGUUGUCCCGCACUCGCCUCCCUCAACGCUUUCGCUUUCGAGGGUGCCUCGAAGAAAAAUCGGCCCGAUAUCCGUCUCAGGGAUGUUAUCUACGCCGCUAUUUCACAGGCUGAUCCCGAUCUGGAAAUCGAACUCACCUGUAUGGAUGAGGCGGGAAAAGCGGCUGGGAUGGGCAUUCUGGGUCGUCAUGAGCCGGGUUUAGUGGGCAACGCGGGUGGGAUGAAUGGUGGGGUGAUGAUCAGCUGCUCGCUGGAGCUUGCUCGACGCCUGACCGACACCGCUAACUUCCCGUUGGUCGAGAAGCUGGGAAAGCGCUUUCCCUUCGAGAUCUGUGUGGGCUGUAAUGGACGCGUCUGGUUGACGGCGCGUUCGCCGCGGGAGACAAUGUUGCUGGCCAACGCUAUCGCACUCGCUGACUACGUGGUGCCUGAAGUGUGUCUCCAAUUUGCGGAGGACCUCUACUAG